GCCUCGGACAGUGAGAAAACCGACCAGAGCGGCAUUAAGUGUCAAGUUAUAAUGAUUCGCUCGAGCACCGUGAUGUCGCCAAGUGUACUGGCUCUCUGCCUGCUGGCUUGUAUUCACUCUGGCAUUAAUGCAUAUCCAGUCAAGCCGACAAUUCCCCGGGAAGGGGCAACACCUGAGGAUCUUGCCAAAUAUUACUCUGCACUAAGACACUACAUCAACCUCAUUACAAGACAGAGGUAUGGGAAAAGAGACACUCCAGAUACUGUAUUUUCAGAUGUGUUGGUAAGGGAGAGUGCAGAGAAUAUUCCAGGAUACAACUAUAUCAGAUACGAUGGGUCACCACUGUGGUGAUGCUGCUGGAGCCGUCAGACUGAUCCCACAAAGCUGCUGCCUGUCUGUUACAGACAUGAAAUGAGGUUGUGUUGCAUGGAAAAAACAUUGUACAAUAAAAUGAGUUUGGUGUGUAAUAUUGCCAGUGUUACACUAAAAACACAGAGUAGACCUAGUUAGAUUAUGUAGUAUUUAUAGUGGAGGUUUGUUAAACAGUGUCUUGUGUCUUUCCCUGAUGGACUAACAGUGCUCUCUACUGGUGAACUGGCAUCUAAAGAUUUGGACAAUUUUUCAAAUGGGACAAACACCUUGUAGUUCGUGUCUGCUGCUAAUACUUUAUUGGGGAAUUGGGUUAAAAUAAAAAA